CUGACUCUGAAUCAUCAGGUUCAUAUUUGGACUUUAUUUAAAAAAAAAAAAAAACUUACUGGACUCAUCUAAAGAGGAACAUUUGGACAUCCUGACCCCUGGUCUCUCACUGGACUUAUUUUGGGCUCUACUGGACUCUUAUGGACUUUUUAAAAGGACUCCACUGGACUGCAUUGAUUCAUUUAAGUUGUAAAUAGAAAUCUGGUGAAAUCUGUUUUUUUUUUGUGUGCUGAUGAAUCAAUAUAGACUGAUUCUCAACUAGAGUUUGGAUCAAUUAAGUUUAUCAGAUUUGGGAUUUCUUCUUAAGUUCAAUCAAAUAUUUAUUGAAAUACAACAGAAAAGGUUUAAAAAAUAAACAGUUCUGGUUUGGCCAGAUCCUUUUAUUUUUAUGUUUAAUUGAUUUUACAUCAGAAAAAGGUUAAAUAUUCGUAUUUAUUUUGACAGUAAGAGGAUACUCCUUUCAUGUUGGCCUAGUUUAACCUUAUGUCUCGGUGGAGGAUGCAAAAGACCAUCAGCAGGGGUAGCAUGAGUCUCCUGUGUGUCCUGUGGCUGCUGACCGUCAGCCUGACUCCUGGAGGCCAAGCCCAGAAGCCGAGGGAGCCGGAGGAGGAGCAGCCAGGAGGCCGGGCCCAGCUGGCAGAGAGAGACGCGCUCUGCCACCAGGAUGGAUGCUACAGCGUCUUCCUUCAGAAGAGGAGCUUCAGGGAGGCUGGGCGGAGCUGCCGGGAGCGAGGUGGGACUCUGGCGACGAUGCACACCCACGAGGAAGCGGGUGUGGUCCAUGAGCUGCUGUCGGCCAUUGAGGCGCAGGGGACCAGAUCCAGGAUUCGACUCUGGAUCGGGCUGCACAGACCGCCACGCCAGUGUUCGGCCAGCAGACCCCUCAGAGGAUUCGUCUGGGUCACAGGCAAAGUCUAAACUUCUUCACAUUUGAGCUUCUAAGCUUCACCAACACUUGAGUCAUUUUAUUUGAUUUCAAUCUCCUCCUCCUCCUCAAUCAAACUUUAAAACCACAGCAACACGACUGUGACUCAUUUCUGAAACUUUGAUUUGAUCUGUUUAGUCUAAAAUGAAGUCUAAGUUCAGUCUAAACUUCUUCACAUUUGGCCUCUUUGCUUCUAAGAUUCACCAAAUCUUCAAUCAUUUUAUCUGAUUUCAAUCUCCUCCUCCUCCUCCUCAAACUUUAAAACCACAGCAACACGACUGUGACUCAUCUCUGAAUCUUUGAUUUAAUUCAUUUAGUCUAAACUGAAGUCUAAGUUCAGUAUAAAUUAAGUUCACUCUAAGUUCAGUCUAAACUUCUUCACAUUUGGCCUCUUUGCUUCUAAGAUUCACCAAAUCUUCAGUCGUUUCAUUUGAUUUCAGUCUCAUCCUCCUCAAUCAAACUUUAAAACCACAGAGGCACGACUGUGACCCAUUUCUGAGACUUUAAUUUGAUUCAUUUAGUCUAAACUGAAGUCAAAGUUCACUUCAAACUACGGUCAGUCUAAGUUCACUAUAAGUUCAGUCUAAACUUCUCCACAUUUGGCCUCUUUACUUCUAAGAUUCACCAACACUUCAGUCAUUUUAUGUGAUUUCAGUCUCCUCCUCCUCUUCCAGGAGGAGAGCAAACUAAGCAAAACUUAAAGCAAACUUUAAAACCACAGCGACACGACUAUGAGUCAUUUACGAGACUUUAAUUUGAUAAUUUCCAUCUGAAAGGCCCACUUUGAUAUUUGAUGUUGAUAUUUCCACAUCAUCUGUGACUACUUUAUGGAUGAAUCAAUCAGCUGAUCAAUAUCUACUUUUAAAAAAAAACACUGUAAUAUUAUCGCUGAUCUAGACUUUACCCUGUAAUUUCAUUCAGAGACCACACUUAGUCCACUAGAGCGAGCAUCUGGUUUGGGCAAGGAAAACUUUUUUAACAGACAGAAACCUCAAGCAGCCAUCGUACAUGUGGAGGGCCAAGAAAGAGGGAUGGAGGGAGAGGGGAAAAAAAGAGGGAGAAGUGAGAAGACAGACAAACAGACAGACAAAGGAGCAAAAACAGAAUCACAAACAGAUUCUGCUCCUUUCUCUGUCAGACUUUUGUACCUGGUCCAGCCUCCAAACUUUUCCCUGACUGAAUGGUUCUUACAUUAACUCCUUUUGUUUCACACAGACCGAGCUGGCGCGACAGAGGGAGUUCAAUCCCCCCUUUUGACCUCAGAGUCUGAUUUAGUCAUUACACAAACGCCACCCUCUAAAAAUCCAGAUGGACUUUUCAUCACUCAAAGUGUCGAGAAAAGUCUUUAAAUCUUAAAGUGGUUAUGUCACGAGCCCUUUAUUUCCAUGAGUCAUGAUUUCUUUAUUUCUUUAUUUCUAUUCUGCGGCGUAUCAAAGCAGAUAGUUUUGGUUUUGUUUCCUCUCGUGUUUCAGCUCAAGGGAUGUGAAAGAAGGUUUUGUUUCUCAUGUCCUAAAAGUAGAAAUAUUUAAAACAGAUGCACUGCUCAGAGCUCUGCAUUAUGAGUUUUUAUGUGGCAGUAGUUAGACUUAUUGCUGGUCCAUCAAAUAAGAAGUAUAAGUUUAAAAAGACAAAAAGUGAAGCCUUACUUUUAGGUCUGCAAAAUAAUGAUAGAAACAUCAAUAAAACAAGAUCAGAAUUAUUUCAAAGAUUAUUUAUUGAACAUUGUAAAAAUAGAGGCAAGAAUGAAACAAAAGGCAGAUUUUCAGAGACUAAGAGUAAAAAGGGAAAACAUUUGACUUUGAGGACUCCUAGUGGUACAGUAAAGGAACUGUUGUAAACAUGUAUGCUGCAAAAACAAGAUCCCUCAAAGUGUGACAACACCAUAUUAGAUAACUGUGCAGAGGGAAGCAGAAAGUUCAAGCUUUGAUGUUGAUUUUGUUGUAAAUUAAAAAAAAGAACUCUCACUGACCUUGGUCUUGUCUUCAUUGUUCAACAGGAGACCAGGACGGUCAGUUUACCAACUGGCUUCGUGAGGAAGCCCCAGGAGCAUGUGCGGCUCAUCGCUGUGUGGCCAUGACGGUCCACACCACAGAGGGCGGGCGUGAAAGCAGCGACAAUUUUCAGUGGCUGGAUGGUUCCUGCCAGCUGGCGUUGGACGGAUACGUUUGCCAGUACAACUACAAAGGGAUGUGUCCCCCACUGGAGGACGAGGGUCGAGGCCCGGCCUAUUACACCACCCCGUUUCACCUGGUUAGCACCAUACUGACACAUGUGCCCCAAGGGUCCGUUGCUGCUCUACAGUGCCCCGAGGAUCCCUCAGACCCACAUGCCAUCGCUGAGCAGACUGUGCUGUGCAUGGAGAGAGAUGAUGAGACAAUUGGCUGGUCCAGGGACGCCCCCCUCUGUUUCUCUGGUGCAGCUUCACGGAACCAGGACUGGUGUAGUGGGGACCACGGGUGUGAGCAGUUCUGCCAGAAUACAGACACAGACUACUACUGUUACUGCGCCGAAGGUUUUAUGAUAGACGAGGAUGGAUACUCCUGCAAGCCUGACCCCCUGAGCCAAACCGAUCCACCUGAGUUAUCAUCUGACUCUGCUGGUCCCACUGAUCAACCCCACCUCAAGGAUGUCUGUGUGGAGAUGGGGUGUGAAUACGACUGUACACAGACAUCUCGGGGAGUCCGCUGCACAUGCCCUCCUGGCUACCAAAUGGGCCCAGACGGUCGCAGAUGUUUAGAUGUAGAUGAAUGUCAGCAGGAACCCUGCCCACAACUCUGCGUCAACACCCCAGGUACCUUCCACUGCACCUGCCACAACGGGUACCAGCCGGAUGAUGAGGGGGAGUGUGUGGACAUUGACGAGUGCCUGGACGAGGGAAGCUGUGAGGGAAUCUGUGAAAAUACAGUUGGGUCCUUUGCAUGCCUGUGCGACUCAGGUUAUGAGUCGCACAAGCAGGGAGAGUGUGUAGAUAUAGACGAGUGUGCAGGGGGGUCGCCCUGCCAGCAGCAGUGUAUCAACAUCAUGGGAGGAUACCGGUGUUUCUGUGAUGAAGGCUACGAACUACAGCAAGAUGGACUUACCUGCCAGCCUUUACCUGAUGAUGAGGAAUAUUCCACUCUGACUCCCGAUUCCUUACCUGACUUUGACCCCAGUCGAGAUCUCCCCUGGUCCAGUGCAUUCACCCCAGAUCCAAACUUUGAGGCCGACACCAACUUUGACCAUGAAUGGCUGACAGAAACUCCAGAGAUGCCCUCUCCUGAUAUGGAGCAAGGGUCAGAAAACCACCUCAACCAAUGGGACGCCCUUUCACCAAAGCAAUACCAGACAGCUCCAUCCCCGACACAAAAAGGCAACACAGGGAAUGAAAUAGGUCAUGAGGCUGAAGCGAAGACCGGGGGCAGAGCAGCUGGUGAAGGGGCAGGAGAUAAGACUGAAAAUAAGUCAGCUGCUGGGACCGGGGAGGGGGAGCAACUGAACAGUGAUGGUACAGAGGGUGUCACCGGCACUGUUGAGGAAGGGGCUGAAUCUAAUACGGGUAAACGAAAGCAUGACAAGAGCUGGCUUCUCGUGGCCCUGCUUGUGCCUCUUUGUGUGUUCCUCGUGGUGAUGCUGGCUCUUGGGAUCGUCUACUGCACCAGCUGUGCCGUGGACAAGAGCCUGAGCUUCUCAAACUGCCACCGCUGGAUACUCCCCACAACGCCUCCAGACAGGAGGAAUGGCAAAGCCCAAGCAUGAACCCUGAAAUGAACAAACACAGGUGCAUGAGCACACUCAGCACAGAUGUGUUGAAGGCCCAGAUGUUUAACAUCCCUCUUGUGGUGCAGGACUUGUCACUGAAACUUUCAUUUGAUUUCGUACGGCUGACUGGCUCUAUCAUUCAUCGAGAAAAACCUAAUUCUUUCUGUUGCACAUCCUCUG